GUCUCACACCAUAACGACUAAGGUACGAUAGUGUUUAGUUUUAGUCUGCUGCUGCUGAGAGUGCUGCACGCAGUCUCGUUACAAAAAAAUAACGCGCAAACACAUUAUAUAUAAGGUACAUUACCUAAGUUUACAGCUUUAAACGUUUCGUUUACGUCCGCAAACGCGCAUCGGUUUUUUUUUCAAUACUUUUUUUCAGUUUUUUUAGUUUAUUAAUUUUUCAAUUUUUAUUUGUAACAGUUGUCAAUCGAUAACAUUUAAAUACCUUUUUAACGAAUAAACUAACUAAAAGUUUCAAAAUGCACAAUUUUUUAGGAAGCAAAUUUAAGGGCAACUGUAGACAAUUAUUCGCAGCAAUUACAGUGAAUCUCGUCACGUUUUCGUUUGGACUUUACACGGGAUGGUCUUCGACGGUUGCGCCUAUGCUCCAAAACGCAACGGACACUCCGCUCGACCAUGGUCAAGUACUGACGGCCAACUCAAUUUCUUGGGCCUGCAGCUGGGGUAUGCUGAGCGCCAUACUGGGCACGUUCUUCUGGGGUAUGUUGGCGGACAACUACGGCCGGAAGACGACCGGUUUCCUGACCAUGUUACCGUACCUGGUCAGCUGGGUCAUCCUGUUGGUUUUCAAGACGGAGACGGCGCUGAUGGUGUCCCGGUUCCUGGGUGGUCUGGGGGCCAGCGGGGCGGCCAUCAAUUGCCCGAUGUACGUGGGCGAGGUGAGCGAGGCGAGCAUGAAGGCCGGCCUAGGUUCGCUGUUCAUACUCAUGUACAACAUCGGUGUGCUGUACGUGUACGUGUUCGGCGUGAUGGUUAGCUAUGACUUUCUGAACGUGGCCUGUCUGGCCAUCAGCGUGUUGUUCAUGGUGAUGUGGUGCUAUAUACCCGAGUCGCCGAUAUUCCUCAUCCAGAAGAAUCGGAUGGAUGAGGCAAGGCGGUCGCUCAUGUGGUUCCGGGGUAAGGACAACGACAAAGAGGUAAGCGAGGAAAUCGACUCGCUGAUGCGGCACAGUGACCAGACGACCAAGGCCACGCUGGCCGACUACAAGAAACGUGGCACGGUCAAGGCGCUGCUCAUCGGCCUGGUGUUCCAGGCAGGCACACAGUUCAGCGGCAUCAACAUCAUACUCAUGUACACGGUAGACAUAUUCCAGAAGAGCGGUAGCACUAUGUCCCCACAUUCAUGUACCAUACUCGUGGGCGUGGUGCAGGUCAUCGGGUCCGCGAUCGCGUCGUGCACGGUACACAGGGCCGGCCGCAAGUUCUUCCUGAUGGCCACGUACGCGAUCACCGCCCUGGCGCUGAUCACCAUCGGCUCGUGUUUCUAUGCCAACAAGGUGGACUCGACGAUUAACACCGGCAUGUUGCCCGUGCUCAGCCUAUCGGUGCACGUGAUCGCGUUUUCGCUGGGCCUGGGUAUGGUGCCGUAUAUCAUCUACACCGAGGUGUUCCCGGCCAACGUGCGCAACAUAUGCAUGUCCAUGCUAAUGUUCUUCAACAACGUGCUGGGCUUCGUCAUCAUUAAGGCGUACCCGUCCAUGUCGGACGCGUUGCACAUAUCCGGCUGCUUCUGGGUGUUUGGCGGUGUGUGCCUGGCCGUCGUGCCGUACACCUACCUGUUCGUUCCUGAGACCAAAGACAAGGCGUACGAUGAUAUCCGCCGUGAGCUGCUGCUGUGGUUCCCGGACAGGCGGCACAAAGACAAGGCGGCGGAGGUGGCGAAGGCGGAAAAGGCAGCAGCGGUGGACCAAGUAGAUGGCGGCGGCGGCGGCGGCGGCGGCAACGUGGUCGUGGUCGUGGUCGAAGCUAGUGAGAUGAAAGUCUGCAUGGGAAAGGACCAGAGUUGCUUCACGACACCCCAACAGGCGCGUGACAAUGUUAAAUAAUAACCAACACAUGGGGUUAUACGUUCCUGUGCGUGUACACUGCCACGGCACGUAUACACGAGUAAAGGCCACUACUAUAUUAUUAUUAUUAUUAAUUAUUAUGUAGUGUAUAAUAUCUAUGAAUAUAACGAUUUAUGUUGGGGGGGGGGGGGGAGUGGGGAAAUGUAAAAAAAGACGAGUAAAAAACCCUACUUUUUUGUAUUUUUUGUAUUUUUACGCCACCAAGUUCGUUUUUUAUAUAUUUAUUAUUUGAAUCAUUUUUUACGACAACCGUAAUGUUUUGUAUAGUUUGUGUGUGUAUGUGGUAAGCUAACAAUUCGCAUUAAUAUUGUAACGAGUAUAACAAGUAUUAUGAAUAAUUUAAGUAUGAUUAAAAUUUUAAAUACCUUUAUCUUAAUUGUAAGUUUAAAAAUAAUAUUAAUUGUUAUAACGAUAUUAUAUGCACAGAAAUUAUGUUUAAAAAAAAUACGAUAAGGUGACAACAUUUGUUUGUCUAAUCACAGUUUUGUAUUUAGACUUAACGUGUAUAAACCGAUUUACAUAUAUGAAUAUUUUUUAUAUUAUACUCAAUCUCAUUAAAAGUAAAUAUGUUUUUAAAACUA